AAGUCUUUAAUUUUUUGUUUUGUAUACAUAAACAUAAUGAUGAGCUCAGGAACACAGGCUAAGCUUCCUGUUAUAGAUUUCUCAAACCAAAACCUGAAACCAGGCAGCCCUGAAUGGGAUUUGGUGAAGUUCCAAGUCUGUGAAGCGUUGGAGGAGUACGGUUGUUUCGAGGCUUCGUUCGACCAAUUCUUCAAGCUUCAAAACGCCGUAUUUGGAGCCAUGGAAGAGAUCUUCGACUUGCCUUUAGAAACAAAAAAGCUCUAUGUUUCUGACAAGCUCUUCCGCGGCUACUUUGUGUCUCCAUCAGGAUUGCUUGAAAUCAUGACGAUUGAUGAAGCACAGAGUGCUGAAAACAUCGAACAACGCCUGACUACCACCUUGUGGCCUCAAGGGAACUUAAGCUUCAGUAAAACUCUGGUGUCUUUCACUGAACUGGCAUCAAGAUUAGAAAAGACAAUUAGGAGGAUGAUUUUGGAGAUUUUUGGUGUGGAGAAGUACAUAGAUGAACUCAUUGACUCCACAAAUUACAUUCUAAAGCUCAAGAAAAAUGAAGGGCCACAAACCAGCGAGCCAACCCCAAAUAUGGUGACCUUAUGGUAUCAAAACGAGGUUGAUGGUUUGGAGAUUCAAAAGAAAGACGGAGACUGGAUCAACGUAAAAUCCUCAUCCAACUCUUUCAUAGUCAUGAUUGGAGAGUCCCUCCACGUAUGGUUAAAUGGUGGAUUAUCUGCUACUUAUCACCGUGUAAUGAAGAAGGGGAACAAGGCAAGAUACAGCGUGGGAUUAUGUGCGACUCCGAGAGGAGGCUACCAAGUAAAGGCUCCAGAAGAACUGGUGGAUGACAAAAAUCCCGCACUCUUUAAACCCUUUGAUUAUGAAGAAUUUUUGGGAUUUUACUUGGCCCAGGUCAUUGCUGGUGAUGCCAAACAUGAUCUUAAAGGUUAUUGCAGUGUCUAGGAUUUCUGCAUAAAUAAUGUUUUAUAUGUA